AUCCAUUCCAUUCCCGCCAGUCGCAGAGCAGCCAAAGCUCUGGACAUCGCCGGACGAAUGAUGCGUCUGUCCCUUCUCUCGCCUCGACCACCCGUCCCUAUCAUCACCUGCCACGUUUCCCCCGGUUCACUGCGCACCCGCCUUCCCCCUCCGUCAUCUUCACCACCACAACCACAUCCAUCUCUGCUUCAAAACCCUAACCAGACCGCUCUUCCUUCGCUAACCUGCGCCCUACAGUGUCCUCACUUCCAAACGUGCUCUGGCUGUACUCACGAGCUCAACCUCCACCGUCCAGUUAUCGUCGAGGAGGCCACAGAGUUCUUCAAGACCGUCGGUGUCUCAGACUUCACAUUUGAUAGUUGUAGACUAUGGGAAUGGCGGUGCCGCGCAAAACUGGCAGUUCGUGGCACGGUGGAAAGCCCUUUGAUUGGGCUCUAUCAGGAGGGUACUCAUAAUGUAGUGGACAUUCCUGACUGUAAAGCUCACCAUCCAAAUAUUAAUGCCGCUGUGGAUCUGCUUAGACAAGGUAUUACUAAGAUGAAUGUUGAACCGUAUGAUGAGGAUCUGGGGACCGGUGAUUUGCGUUAUAUUCAGAUGGCUGUGACAACAUACGACACAUCUCUUCCAGCCUCUGAAAGAUAUAGAAAUGGGAAAGUACAGGUUGCUCUAGUUUGGAAUUCCAGAAAUGAGAAUUCCCCCAGUUCAAACAAACUUAAUGCCUUGGCCACUUUUCUAUGGCAAAAGGGUGGGCUGAAGAGCAAUGCCCAUUUAAUUCAUUCAGUGUGGGCUAACUUUCAGACAUCGACUAAUAACAUAAUUUUUGGGAAUAGAUGGAGACAUCUUUUAGGAGAGAGAGACUUUUGGGAACGUGUUGGUGGAAUCGAUAUUUCCUUGGCUCCAUCCAGUUUUGGCCAAGCAAACACAAGGGCUUUUGAUGUCAUGCUCCGUAAGUUACAGAAGUAUGUACCUUUUGGUGCAUCUGUUGCUGAUUUAUAUGCUGGCGCUGGUGUAAUUGGAUUGUCUUUAGCUGCCACCAGAAAAUGCAGGUCUGUUAAAUGCAUUGAGAUUAACAAAGAAUCAAAGUUAUCUUUUGAGAAGACAAUUGACCGCCUAUCAAACUCUGUGGAUAGCAGCAUCAGCUGGCAUCAUGCAGAUGCUUCAAAGGAACCUCUUUCUUGGAUGGUGGGGUCUGAUGUAAUUGUAGUCGAUCCUCCUAGAAAGGGACUGGAAAUGUCUCUUGUUGAUGCAUUACAGAAUAUACCAAAAGUGGAGCAUAAAGCUAAGUCAUCAUUUGAAAGCUCCAGUACACACACAAAGAUCAGAGAUGAAAAGAGACCAUGGGUUUUACGUGCAAGGGAAGCUUCAGUUCAGAUUGGAAGCAAAACAACUUCAGAUGACGGUCAAGCACUGCCUGAAACCCUUAUUUAUAUUAGUUGUGGAUGGGAAAGCUUUAAAGAGGAUUGCAAGUCAUUGUUGGCUAGUAAGGUGUGGCAUUUGGAAAAAGCCCAUGGCUAUAAUUUCUUUCCUGGCACCCAGAGCAUUGAGGUUUUGGCCGUGUUCAAGAGGGGUCAAGGAGGAGGCCUCAAGAAAAAGAAACUGGGGAAGAAAAAGAAGAAACGUUUGUAAGGACCACUGAGGUAUGGAUUUAGCAUGAUGUUUCUUGAAAGUCCCAUUGGACCAAGAGAAGUUGCACCUAAGAAGAGAAAGAAGAUGGAUGCACUAUGCAAUGUGGGAGAUGGGUAAAUUCCCAAAAAGGGAAGAUUCACUAUGCACUUGUCAUAGUCCAUUCCCCACCCCUGUAUCCUUUCAUUCAAAAGGGAAAUCGUUGUUCAUCAAAAUAAUGAUAUUUGUAUAAAAGGAUUGAUUACAUCAAAUUCAAGAAUCAUAAAUUUUGGAAUUAAU